AUGUCUAUAGACGACUUGAUUGGGACGCUGUCGGAUGGAGAUAUCUCUGAUGAGGAGUCCGGGGAGGAGGAAGUCGUUGCGCCUGUGAGCAACAAGCGCAAACGCGACACAAAAGCGCAGACGGCGGUAAAGAAGCAGAAGCAGGAUAAGGACGAAGAGCUCGAGUCGGACUUCGAAUUCGAAGAUGAAGCUGGUGCUGUGGCCCUCGAUUUGGACACGUGGGGAGGCGGAGUGCAGGACGACUACGACAGCAUAGAAGCACUCGUUGCGCGGAGACGGCCCAAGAAGGAAGCGCAAGAGACAGUGUCGCAUAACGAAGACGAGGACGAGGAAGAGGACGGGGAAGAUCAGGUUGGGAGCGACGACGAGAGCGGAGACGAAGACUUGCACAUGAAUGGCGAUCAUGCGAGUGAAGAAGACGAGGAAGAGUUCCACACUGCGAUCGAUGAUACCAUGGAGGACGACGAGGACGAGAGCAACAGUGAGGGUGCGGAACCUGGGGCGGAAGAGGAGGAGGUAGAGGCAGCACCGCCUGUUGCACACCCCGACGAUGAAGAAGCGGACUCUGCUUCGGAAGCUGGAGAGGACGCAGCAGAAAGAGAAAAGGCGAAUGCAUUCUUCGCCGAUGGAGAAUCAAAGAAGUCAGGCCCGACCGCGACGGCAUUCCACGCAAUGAACCUCUCACGACCCAUCUUGAAGGGCCUAGCGUCAGUCGGCUUUGACAAACCAACACCUAUCCAGAUGAAGGCUGUGCCUGUAGCGUUGGAAGGCAAGGAUCUGGUCGGUGGUGCCGUGACCGGUUCUGGUAAAACAGCUGCCUUUCUCAUACCUAUCCUGGAAAGACUGCUCUUCCGUCCCAAGCGAACCGCAACAACACGCGUUGCCAUUCUAAUGCCCACUCGAGAAUUGGCACUACAAUGUUUCAAUGUGGCGAAGAAGCUUGCAGCUUUCACAGACAUUACAGUCGCCAUGGCAGUCGGUGGUUUGAGUAUUAAGGAGCAAGACAAGGAGCUCAAGAUGCGACCGGACAUUGUGAUCGCUACACCUGGACGUUUCAUUGAUCUCGAGCGCAACUACCGUUCCCUUGAUGUCAGCACCAUCGAAAUCCUAGUACUGGAUGAGGCCGAUCGCAUGCUGGAAGAGGGUUUCGCAGACGAGCUGAACGAGAUCUUGACCAAGAUCCCGAAGUCUCGACAAACUAUGCUGUUCUCAGCCACCAUGACCACGAAAGUGGACGACCUUGUCCGAUCAGGUCUGCAACGACCGGUACGGCUGAUGGUCGAUGCGCAGAAGCAGACAGUCUCUGGGCUCACACAAGAGUUCGUACGUCUGCGACCUGGCCGAGAGCAAAAGCGCCUUGGCUACCUCAUGUACCUGUGCGAAAAGGUCUAUACUGACAGAGUCAUUAUCUUCUUUCGACAAAAGAAAGAGGCGCAUCGUGUUCGUGUCAUCUUCGCGCUAUGCGGCUUGAAAGCAGCGGAGCUUCAUGGCAGUAUGUCGCAAGAGCAACGUAUCAACUCGAUCGAGGCUUUCAGAACUGGAAAGGCGUCGUACUUGCUGGCCACAGAUCUAGCGUCGCGUGGUCUCGAUAUCAAGGGCAUAGACACCGUCAUCAACUACGAAGCGCCGCAAUCGCACGAGAUUUAUCUUCACAGGGUUGGACGAACAGCAAGAGCAGGCAGGUCAGGUUGUGCCUGCACCUUGGCUGCCGAGCCGGACAGAAAGGUUGUCAAGGCAGCUGUGAAGACAGGCAAGGCGCAAGGUGCUAUCAUUAAGCAACGAACCAUUGAAGCGCACGACGUCGACGCCUGGGACGCACGCUUGAACGCCCUCGAACAGGAUGUCGAAGAUGUUAUGCGGGAGGAGAAAGAAGAGCGUGCUCUCUCACAAGCCGACCGGGACCUCACACGCGCAGACAACAUCGCCAAGUACGAGGAUGAAAUCAUGUCGAGACCUAAGAAGACCUGGUUCGAAGGCGAGAAGGACAAGCAAGCUGCCAAGGAGGAGGGUAAAGCAAUUCUCAACGGCGAGCCUGUUGUGAAGGCCGAGAAAAAGAAGGGCAAGCUUAGUAACAAAGAAAAGAAGCGCCUGCAAGACAAGGAUGACCGUAAAGACGGUUCGCAGUGGAUGAAGAGCAAGAAGGCGACAGUGGUGGGCAAGGCGAGAGACGAGAAGGGCAGAGAGAAACAGGCGAAGCAUAAAUCAAAGCCCAAAGGUGGGAAGCCCAAACCUAAGGCAAAGAAGUAG